AAACAUUAAUUUACUCAUUACAUUAUUCUCAGCUGACUGCAAGACUUCUGGUGAUCGAGAUCUUUGUCUUUUAUCUGUUUGAUUGUUUGUUUGUUGUUCUUGCACCUUAAACGACUCCCGUUGCUGAAAAUGUAUAAAAAAAGGGUAUUCUCACAUUGGGGACUAACACUGUUCGUUUCAUUGCUUCCUGUACUGUCUUCAUCUUUUGUGCUUUUAGAUGCAAUCCAGGACUUAACUGACACCAUGUCUGCUCUAUUAAGUGAAGAUUCAGAUACAUACCAGUACACGGAUGACUAUGAUGUAGGAGAUGCUGCUGGCAUUUCUGAUGCCAUCGACUGGUUAUAUGACUAUAUAGACACUGAAGAGAGAUGUGAUCCCAAUCCCUGUCAGAACAAUGGCACCUGUGAGCAAAGUCGAGGCACAUACAGGUGUGACUGCCCUGAACCCUACACAGGGCAGAACUGCCAGAAAGUUACUAACUUUUGCAAAACUGCUAAAUGCGGGAUGGGAGAAUGCGUGAUCACUUCAACUGCACCGUAUUAUGAGUGCAAAUGUAGAUAUCCUUAUCUGCCACCCAACUGCAGAAAAGUUGCUUCAGUGUGUCACCCCAAUCCCUGUGGAAAUGGGGGAGUCUGCAUCAAGGGCAGGACGAGGUCCACAUUCACAUGCACCUGUCCACAACCCUUCAGGGGGGACUUCUGUGAAGUGGGUAAGGAUGACUGUUAUGAGGGCAAUGGAGAAACAUACAUAGGCAACGUUAGUUCUGCAGAAGAUGGGUCGCGCUGCCUGUACUGGAGCUCCUAUAAAGUUCUUAAAGAUAAUACUCCUUAUGAGAAUGUUGGUGUUGAAGGUCUUGGGUCCCACAGAUAUUGCAGAAAUCCAGAUUCUGACAUAAAACCAUGGUGUUUUAUAAAAACUAAAAGAAAUCAACUGAAAUGGAAAUAUUGUGACAUUAAACAGUGUGGAUCGUCUUUACCUGCUACUCCAGGUCCAACAGAGAUGCCUUCAACAGAAGCUUCUACUGUUGCACCUGGGAUGUUUGCUACCUGCGGGAUUCCCAAACCUAGGACCAUUGCAGCAAGAAUCUAUGGUGGAAGUAAAGCCAUUCCAGGGGCACACCCCUGGCAGGCAUCUCUUCAAAUCAAAAGUGAAGAUGAAGACCAGCCACCAAGUCAUUUCUGCGGGGGAACCUUAAUAAAGGCAUGCUGGAUUUUAACUGCAGCCCACUGCACAGAAGGAAAAGCUGCAUCCGAAAUUAAAGUUGUACUGGGGGGUCAAGAUAUAGAAAAACAGGAGCGUUAUGAACAGUCCUUCGAUGUAGAGGAUGUCAUCGAUCACGAAAACUACAGAGAAACUGAAGAUGCCCUCUAUAACGAUAUUGCUUUGCUUAAACUGAAGCCAGUUGGUGGUCAGUGUGCCAAGGAGACGAGGUAUGUGAAGACUGCCUGCUUACCGGUCUCCUCGUUUGCUGAUGGCACAGAGUGCAGCAUUUCAGGAUGGGGAAAAACAGAAACAAGUCACAUUUCCAACAUGCUGCUGGAUUCCAAAGUGUUACUUAUCUCUCAAAAGCGCUGCAAUAAUGAGAAAUCAUACCGGAACAGAUUGGAUAAAAGCAUGUUUUGUGCUGGAAACCUAAAGGGUGGGCCCGACUCCUGCCAGGGUGAUUCGGGUGGACCUUUGACUUGUGAGAGUGAUGGAAAGCAUUUCAUCUACGGAGUUGUAAGCUGGGGAGACCAGUGUGGCCUGAAAAAUAAACCUGGAAUCUAUGCCAGAGUCACUGAAUUCGUCGACUGGAUAAACUCUAAAAUUAAUUAGCUCCUGCAUUCUGUGGUAAAUAUCUGCAUUGCAGCCACAUAAUUAACCUGUGUAGUUUGUUUAUGCCAUAAAAAGGAUAUUGAAUUAGUGUUACAAUGAUUACUGUCCCCUGUAAAUUCUGCAUCUAAAAUGUCCCCUUUGUUAUAAUACAACGUCAUUAUCUGCCUUUCUCUUUUGAUAAGUAAACUAAACGUGAAAAUAAACUGUUA